ACGUUCAUGCCCAACUAAGAUGCAGUCUACCUGUCUGAAAUACAACCAUUUUUGCUUCUGGGUUUGUGCUGUUUAAUAUCAUCACUCAAGAACUCGACGAUCGGACGGCUAGCAUGUUACAUUUUCCACGAUCAUGGUGAUGUGAGCAUUUCAUUUUUCAGGGAAAACUUUUCUUUUAGAAAGGGAAAAAAAGAGUGUUUGAAGAUCAAAGGCAAAUGCUAAGGAGGAGGGAAGUAUUUCAAACGGUCUUCAGCCAACUUCAACAGUUCAAAUUCAAAUUCAUGCAUUAAAAGGUUUUUGAGAUUUUAGACUAAGACCUCAAGUUUUAGAGCUGCAAUGGACAAUUCACCAAGUUAUGAUGAACACUACGAUCUUGGUUACCAGCCUUCACCUUCUUCUGUGGAUCAAACUGAUCAUUCGCUCGCGGAAACUUCAACAAGUGGCGAUUCUUUCAUGUACCGCCGGACAAAUUCAGAGACCUCGGCUUACUCCGAGUCUGUGGAUGACAGCAGUUACUCUGGUGAAGCUUCUCCUUGGUUCUACCCAAAUGUAAAAUCCAAUCCGCUGUCUCUUACCAGACUUGGAUUGAAGCAGUACAAUAAGAAUGCUUCCGAUGAUAAGCUUGAAGAUCACAAAGCUGUUGAUUCAGAGCUUGAGAUGAUGAAAGAAAGAUUUGCAAAACUCUUGUUGGGUGAAGACAUGUCAGGAAGUGGGAAAGGUGUAUGCACCGCGGUCACGAUCUCAAAUUCGAUAACCAACCUUUAUGCCACGGUGUUUGGACAAAACUUGAGGCUAGAGCCAUUGAAUCCUGAGAAGAAAGCAAUGUGGAAGAGGGAGAUGAACUGUCUUUUAUCAGUCUGUGAUUACAUGGUAGAACUCAUCCCCAUAUCACAAAACUUACAAGAGGGGGCACAAGUGGAGUUGAUGGAAAGCAGGCCAAGAUCGGAUCUUUAUAUCAAUCUUCCAGCUUUGCAAAAGCUUGAUGCAAUGCUCAUUGUAAGACUUGCCUUGCGUGAUAAGAAAUCGCAUAUUUUUCUCAAAACAGAGCAAGUCUUUUUCAAUCAAGGGCUGAAAGUUCAUGAAUUUCUUUUCUUAUGGCAGGAAGUACUUGAUAGUUUCCAGGAUACAGAAUUCUGGUAUGCAGAAAAAGGGAGCAUGUCUUCAAAUUCAACGCGAACAGGAUCUUUUCGUAGGGUGGUUGUUCAGCGGAAUGAGGAGAAAUGGUGGUUGCCUAUUCCAUGCGUUCCUCCGGGAGGCCUGUCUGAGAAGGCAAGGAAGCUUUUGAAACACAAACGCGACAGUUGUAAUCAAAUUCAUAAAGCAGCCAUGGCAAUCAACAGCAGCAUUCUUGCCGAGAUGGAAAUCCCAGACUCAUACAUGUCAACUCUUCCGAAGAGCGGAAAAGCUUGUCUGGGAGACUCCAUAUACCACUACAUGUGCACGACGGACAAGUUCUCCCCAGACCAACUUCUGGACUGCCUCGACAUAGCAACUGAACUGGAAGCACUUAUUCUUGCAGACAGGGUCGAAGCCUCGAUGUACACGUGGAGGCGUAAAGCGUGCAUGAGCAACUCAAAAUCUUCCUGGAUCAUGGUGAAAGAUCUGAUGUCAGAAACAGAAUGGAAUGACAAGAAUUAUGUUUUGGCAGAGAGAGCCGAGUGCUUGCUGUUCUGUUUGAAGCAGAGAUAUCCUGAGCUCUCUCAGACAUCCUUGGACACAUGCAAGAUCCAAUGCAAUAGGGAUGUGGGGCAGGCAGUGCUAGAGAGCUACUCAAGAGUGUUGGAGAGUUUGGCAUUCAACAUUGUUGCCUGGAUUGAAGAUGUAAUUUGUGUUGACAGAUCCGCGAGAAACCAAGACAAAUAGAGAGACUGCAAUGCAACUGAGUUGGAGCAUUCUUCUCAAAUCCAACAUUUGAUUCCACAAAUUUUGAAACAAUUUAACUUUAGCUGCUUAAUUACUUAUUUAAGCUAAUUUUUAGUGGUUUCCCCUGUUCUACGUUUUGAGAAACUCGGCGUGAAUUUGUACAUUAGCAUCCAGUUAACCAAAUCAAACAAAUUUUAAGUGUUGUAGAAUUUCUACGUAUCUGUAAUCCUCUAUUUCGUGAAGCUUGCAGGAAAUACUAAAACCAAUCAAACCGGAGUCUUGGUGAACCCGGCUGAUGCUCCGGUUAUGGGAGUAAUAUAUUCCUGCCGGGAGAUCUCUGUAGGAUGCAACAACAAAUCACUGAACCCCAUCGCACAUGAUAGUCUGGUAGAUGAACCAAGCAACAAAACAGCCUUUGUUUUCAUUGAAAGUAUAGAUUUCCGACGCAAACACAGGAAAGAAAUGGUGGCGAAACAGCCUGAAAUUUGCAUGACCAAAGGAAUCCAAACGACUCUUUCCAUUAAGAUCAGCAAGAUCAUGACAACCAUUUAUACUGUAUCAAGAAAAGGAAUCCGAUAAUAUUUCGCCCCACAAGUGCACACGAUCAAAAAAAAUUGUUCACAAGAUGGACAGCAGCAUCGCACAACUAACGCUAUAUACUUGCAGCUGAAACGAAUUCAAAUACGAAAGUAAUUUUCCUUGGGAAUCAAUAAAGAUCAUGUCAAAAUAGCAUACACAAAACUACUACAGUACCAAGCAGAGAUCUCUGUAGGAAAUCACCAUUACAUAUAUGAAUAGAAUACACUGCAAAGACUAUGCGUUCGUCACAAAGCAGUUUUGUC